AAUCCAAUAUGGCGAUGUGUCAGAUGAUUCAGGUACUUUUAUUUACAGCAUAAGUUGCGUUUAGUUUGGUGCUUUUACGGCUGAUAUGAACCGGCACCAAGUGUUAACAGGAGCAUGCAAUGCAGGAGACCAAUGUUAUGCCGUUGGAAGCGUAGAGGGCGUCCAUUUUACGGCCUAUGCAGCAGGAUGUGACAUUGUGAUUUUGGCGAGCGACUUCCAGCGAGUUCAGAUUAUACCAGGUGUAACUCAUGGUAAUGUCAAGGUCAAUUGUAUCGAUUGCUCAACAGACAGUGGAAAGAUUGCAGCAUCAUACCAGAAUGAAGUUUACAUAUUUGAACCAACUCCAUUACGUCACCAUGAGAGUACACAUAAGCUAGAUUACAGAUGGUAUCAGACAGCGAAAUUUGAGGCAGAUUGUUACAUUAAUUGUCUAAGCUGGAACAUUGAAGGAUCUAGACUGUUAACUGGAGGUGAAUCUAUACAGAUCUGGGCAUUCAGCCAAGAGCAUCAUGAGGAAACUAGUGGUGGAUCUAAGACUGUACAUUUUGAUGUGGGUGGAGCUGAUGAUGACCACAAGCAUGAUAAGGAUGACGGAGGGUCCUUUGAUCCUUAUGAGGAGAUAGAGACAGUGUGGAUCUGUGUCUGGAAGUGCAAACCAUCGACGCCUGUGUAUCAUCUGAGAUACUCCUGGGAUGGAUUACUGUUUGCCUCGGCUGGAAAGAAUGAUAGACUGGUGAAGAUAUGGUAUGAAGACAGAAAAAACCAGUAUCCCUUCAUGAGGGGUGACAGUGUGGUGAGUCCUAAGAAAGAGGAACAACAUUACUCCUUUAUUUAUAUUGCCCACCCCAGGGCCGUCACAGGGUUCUCAUGGAGAAAAACCAGCAAGUACAUGCCCCGGGGAGCUGUGGCAAACAUGUUGGUGACCUCCUGUCUAGACAAUGUCUGUCGUCUGUGGGUGGAGACAAUUCUACCAGAUGACGGACUGGUUGACCUGGAACAAUUUGACCCUAAUGCAUCAGUGGAUCCAAAGUUUCACACCCACAGACACAAGAAGAGGUUUCUCCAGAGGUUAAAGACCAUCAGCAAAUUACUUGAUGUACAUGCCAUCCACAAGCGUAAGAGGCACCACAAGAUGGGGCCCGAGACAGUGAUGAGCAUGGCCAACUUUAACACCGUACAAAGUGUCCACGAUUUCCACAAGUAUGCUCUUCAUCAUAACGGUGUAGCCACUGUACUCCACUUCCAUCUGGCCGCCAGCAUCAACCCAGAGACAGAUGUCCCUCUCCUUCCAGUAAUAGGGUCUAAGGAUCAGCACUUUAACUUCCAACUUCACUGGCUAAACAAUAAAGAGCUACAAUUCACAAUGGAAGCAGAAGUCAUAUUGCAGGAUAUGCACAGAGGAGUUCUAAAUGUAGAUGGUCAAUCAGAUGACCAUCACCAUGACAACCAUGAGGCAUCGGACAGUGACCAUGAUGACCAUCUCUUUGAUGAAGGGGACAAAGGAAGUCAACAUCAUCAACCUAUUGGCAAAAAGAAGAAGAGCAAACUGUUCAAGAAAAAGAGCAGACAUUCUCAGCGUCACAAGUCUUCCAAGGAUGUGGCGGGGACCUACGCAGAAAGCCAAGCCACCAUGGGUUCCUCUGACCCCUCAGACCAGACUUCUGAGGGGGCCAGCAGUAUGAGCUCCCCGGAGGUGUCUGGUUCAGUGAUUGAUGCAUUAGACAGGAAAAUUGAGGCCCUACUUAGAGACUGGCACCAGCAUCCAGACAUGAUGUUUAGUAUACACCCAGUUGAUGGCAGUUUUCUGGUUUGGUUGGUAGACUGGCUAGAUGAGUAUAAUCCUUACUGCUUUCGUCAGGCCCAGGUCAGUUUCUCCUCUCGACUACCACAUGCUUUCCCGGUUCCUGAUGCCAGGACAAUGGCUAGUCAUAUAUGGAUGUACUGUAAUUACAGUAAAAUGGACAUUAAGUCAGCCAUGAGGUUAAGUGAGAGCAGUAACAGUGUAGAGAAUCCGAAAAUUCAAAACCCGCCAGCACCAGCGACGGGGAAAAAUUCACCUGGACAAAAUGAUAACAUGUUAAUACCUAAUGUUCUGCUGAUCUCCAAGCACAUGAACGGGUCAUUAAAUCAAUGGCAAAUCAGUUUUGCUGACCACUCUAAGUUUUCCACAGUGGUGAGUGUGGCACAUGCUACCAGAGCAUGUGGACAUAGAUUCAGAACUAACUCCGCAACUUGUCACCCAGUGUUGCCUCUAUUGCUAUCAACAUCUCAUCACAAUGUACCAAAUGAUCCUGUGAAUUGUUUCACUGGAGAAAAAAUGCAGAGAUCGAGCUCCAAGGAAAGUGAUGAUGAUCUGAAGCAUGGAGUUGGAGGGGUGGAGUUUUGUAGUGAGUUAAUUCUCUGGAGGGUAGAUCCAGUAGGACCAUUGUCUAAGUCGGGAGGAAUAGUGGAGUUGGCUAGGAUUAAUUCCCCAGAGCUGGCAGCAUUCUCAGAUGUAGCCUGGGUACCUACUUUACUGCCAAGCUCGACAUUGGGUUCCUACAGUAAUUCUCCCAGUGCCCUGUUUGUGGCCUCCGACGGAAACUGUCUGAGGAUGUACCAGGCUGUCAUUGAUGCUAGGACCCUCCUACUGGAAGUCGGGGCACAGAGAAAGGAUCCAGGGAUGAGUUUCAGCAGUAACACAAGCUCAGGAUACAGUGUGGAGCCCCAGAAACCUCCAGGGGAGUUAUUUAACAUUGUCAGUCUGCAGUCAUCAGCUAGACCGGGCUGUAUCAUAGAGCUGGAGCCUAUAGCUGAUGCUGCUCAGAGCUGGCAGCAGACACAGCUGCUCCAUGUCUUCCAGGAACAGAUGAUCACUGGCCGUCCCAGUACAUCUUCCGGCGGCAUGGAGGUCAUCGUAGAUCUACGAUCCUCGGGCUCCUUCUGUGAACAUUUCUAUCUGGUAGUGCUGGAAAAGACCAAGAACUUUGGAUCAGUGCUUCACAUGUGGAAGAUUACUAUUGCCUCCAAAUCAGGAGAGCAAUGUGAAGAGUCACAGGAUGGGACAAGGAAGGGUUCAAUAGAUGUGAACGCUGAGGAGGAAACUUUUCAUGCUCCGUCUGGAAAUUCUACACCUGAACACGUAACACCUAAACCCACUACUGUUGUCAAGGUGAUCUUCUCCACCACAAAGUUGUGCACACAAACCUUACCCCUGCCAGAAGGAGUAGAUGUCCAGAGUGCGAAUGUAUCAGCAGGUCACUUAAGCUCCGCCUCCAUUUACCCAGCAUGCCUUGCUCCAUACCUCCUGGUCACUGCUUGUUCCGAUGGUGAGGUUCGUUUCUGGAACUGCAGUAUGUCCUCAGUGUAUGAAGUGGGAGGGAAAUCUACCCUGCCCACAUUGUCCUACAGCACAACAAGUUUUGAAAUGGCUGUGGAGGAAGACCAUGGAAUGAGAAAACCCUCAACCAGUGUGUUCACAAAAUCAGAAGCCAUGGAGACGAGCUACCAGUGGCAAGAAUGGAGCAUGACGAAUAGCUCCAAGGACACGAGUUCUAUAAGUAUUACAGGUCAUCCAAUCACUGUGAGUUGUGCGUACAGUGGACGUCUUGCUGUGGCCUACAGAUUGGUGGGACCAAAAAUACUUCCUAACAACCCAAAGGGAAAACUUCUCAAUCUCUGGGUGGCCAUUUAUGAAUGUGAAUCAACAGGAGGCUCAGAAUGGAUCUUAGAAGACACCAUUGAACUUAAGAAUGUCACAAUUCCUGAUCCUAAAGCAGAAAUAGAUAUGGACUGCAUCCUUUGCCCCUCUGGAAUAAAAUCUCCAAGAGUCAUAGAGGAGGGAGAAACCCCAAAAGGGAUGUCCCCCUCUGCAUCCUUAGUUAACAUUUCAAAAUCAGUGUCUAUACCAAGCUUGAGUACAAUCUGUAGUGUAAGAAAGAGCAUAGCAGAGCAUGGCAAUACAGCAGGAAUUUUGCAUCAGAAACAUCUUGUUCAGUUGGACUGGGUGUCAACAGAAGAUGGGUCACACAUUUUGACUAUAGGAGUAGGACAAAAAAUUCUGAUGUAUGCCCAGGUAUCUGAUGAUGUAAUCAGUGCAUCCAAGCAAGGGAAGGAGGGCACUGAAGAAAAAUCCAAGAGGAAGCUAAGGCACAGUCAGAAUCCAAGCAGAGAAGCCCUGAAUUUACAUCUAGGAAAGGAGAAGGCUGAGGCACCAAAAACUAGAGGGAGACUUCAGAAGGCCAAAUCUGUCAUGAUAAUGGAUGAUAACCCUGAGGAGAUACGGUGGAUGCUGCUACGAUCAGUGGAGUUAAGCACUGCUGAUGGAUUACCUCCCUUACCUAUGCACAUUUCCUGGGUGAGAGCUGGGAUUCUGGUUGUGGGGAUGGAUAAUGAGAUGCAUGUGUAUUCUCAGUGGAGGUCUUCACAGUCACAGGUGGAUCAUGGUUGUGUAGAAGACACCAAAUGUCUUCAGGACCCAGAUUCUUCCUGUUUAAACAUCGAGGUCCUUGCCAACAUAAAAUCUACCGCUACUUUUAAACCCUCUUACUCUUUACCAAACUUCAAGCAUAUAAAUACUGUGUCCAAGAAAAGCUCAGAUGCUAGUGUGAAAUCCUCCUUGAGCAAAGUUAAAAGUGAGAGUUUAACUAGCUUGUCAGCCAUCCAUGACUUUGGGCUCUUUGAAGCUUCAAGAGAAGCAAAUCCAUGUCUUCCCCAGUAUCAUCCAAAAGAAAUGAUAGAGCUAUUGAACUUUGGGAAAGUCAGGAGAGUUAAAGCAAUUCUAGCUCAUUUAGUAAGGUGUAUAUGUAAUGGCGAAAUCCCUCCAAUGAAUAUAUCAGAGGAAAUGGACACAGAGGACUUGAAGUGGGGGUAUGGUAGGAGUAGGGCCCUAUCUGUAAGUGGGGCAAGUCCAAAAAGUCCAAUGGAGGUGCCACUACUGCAAGAGGAACCUCAUUUAGAGUACAAAGAAAUUUCUUUCAUACCACCUCUUCCCAUGUAUGCCCUGUUAGCUGCUGACGAACAAGUUACUGUGACCAGAAACGACCACAUUACAAGCACAACCCCUGGAACUGCUACAGCAAACCAGGACUACAGUGACCUGUUCUCCACCAAUGUCGGAGUGGAGGAAGAACUGGACACAGAUGUUCUGGGUACCUCAGCAGACAGCAACACGUCCGGCCGGGGUCGCCUUCAGUCCUCGUCUGGAGCUAAUCCGUCUAAUCCGAACGAGUUCACCCCUAACCAUAGCCAGGUCCUGAUGAAGCACCUGACACACACACAGCUGCCUGGACUGACUAGUGUGGAUCAGAUGUAUCUCCUGGCUAUAGCUGACACUGUGGCUAAUAACAAGAUUGACUUCACAGACAAGUUUGAGGUGGAGAAACCACCAGCUAGUGGAGAUCUAGACAAGGAAUCGACAGAGACGAUAGACAACUGUGGACUGAGGUUCUUACUGGCGAUGAAGAAUCAUAUCUACCUGGUGAGGACCUUACAACCAAGACAGAGGGCGGCUCUACAGAGGGUGGGGCUGAAAUCCUUCAACCUUGUCUGGGCCUUCCAUUCAGAGUCCACUGAGGAGUUAUUGUCACACAUCCCCAGCAUGCAGAAGGGAGAGCCUACCUGGGAGGAACUGAGACAGUUCGGGGCGGGAUGGUGGAUCAACAACAUUAACAUCCUCAAAAGAACCAUUGAAAAGUUGGCUAAGGCAGCCUUCCAGAAGAAGAAGGAUCCCAUGGAUGCUGCCUUGUUUUACCUGGCAAUGAAAAGGAAAAAUGUCCUAUGGGGAUUGUAUAGAUCUGUUGAUAACAAGCGUUUGAUGGAAUUCUUCAAGAAUGAUUUCUCAGUGGAGAGGUGGAGGAAGGCAGCACUGAAGAAUGCCUUUGAUCUGCUCGGCAAACAGAGAUUUGAACAUGCAGCUGCUUUCUUCUUAUUGGCAGGAUCUCUACAUGAUGCCAUUGAGGUUUGUUUGAACAAUUUGGAGGAUAUUCAGUUGGCUUUAGUUGUGUGUCGUCUUUAUGACGGAGAGACCAUGAUGCCUGACAGUGCCAAACAAGUCUUACGCAAACAUGUCCUGGGGUGUGAAGAUCAUGACCCUAAAACAGCUUUAACAGAGAAACUCACCUCUGAUCCAUUCCUAAGAAGCAUGGCUUGGUGGAACUUUAAAGAAUACCGAAAAUCAUUGAAAACUUUACUUUUGUCGAGUUCUGCAAAGACCCAGUUAAAGCCCAGUGAUCCAGAGGAUCAAGAACUAGGAGGGCAAAGUGCAAUACCAAAUGUUUUCAAUUUUUAUAAUUACCUUAGAAACCAUCCCCUUAUUCUGAGGCACAAGAUAACGUCUGCUGCACCAUUAGCCCAGAGGAAAGGGGUCAUCCCAGGCUUCACCCACCAACAAACAAUCAUUGAAGAACAAGACUCCCUGAUGUUCAUUGACAAAGUCACCCCCAUAGAAAGGCGGCUGUUCUUUAGGACUGCUCACACUCAUUAUAAAAAUGGCUGUCCUCUUCUGGCACUGGAAGUGUUGUCCAAGCUUCCUAAUAUAAUAACAGAGGAGGAUAUAGAGAGUGAUGAGGAGGAGGAGAGUGAGACAGAUAAACCACUACCCCAGCCUAUCAGUACAGGGACCUUAGUGGGAGAGGACCAUAUCAAAAACAAGGACUCAAACCCAGGGUAUGAUUGGAGUAGCCCCUCAGUUAAUGGAAUGGUGAAUGGAGAAACAGCUGAUGCUUUUGAUUGGUCAACACCAGUCAGUGGAAAGCAAGAUAGGGGAGACUCUUUUGAUUGGGGAGCUCCAGUGUCCAGAUUUGACUUAGAGGAGGAACCCAAAUUCACCCUCAGUUCUGGGGAGAGUGAAGUGGAAAGUGAAACUGAACACCACCCAGAAGAGGAGGAGAAGAAGCCCUCUCAGAGGGGUAAACUGCAGAAGGUCCCAAAUAUUGUUGUGGAUGAUGCUCUGACAAAUGGACAUGCCGAAGUUUGUUCAGACAGUAAACCUAGUCACAAAAGUCAGAUAGACAUUUUUGCACAGCAAUACAAAUUCAUCGCCUGCCUUAAGGUUUUAAUGGAGGAGAUGAGGACACUUGCCACAGGAUUUGAAGUGGAUGGUGGACAACUGAGGUUUCAACUUUACAUCUGGUUGGAGAGAGAGGUUGAGGUACUACAGUAUCUGUGUAACUAUGGAGAAGGUGUUCUAUUCCCAACAGACAAUCAACAAGAACAAACACAACUAUCUUUUGAAGACUGUGUUGAUCCAGCGUCCUAUAUUGAACUGAGUGAGAGCAAUGCCAGUAUACUGGACGCCUCAGAAGAAGUCAGCUCAUUCUUACUAGAUGCUCCAAGCAGAAAGCUUCACAGGUCACUAUCCAUGCGUUCUGACUCCUCAGCAGUGUCCGUUAAACCAACCCUCCAUGAGGUCAUUCUGGCAGAGAAGAUGGACUUUGAAGCUAAGCUGGAGCGUAUGUCUCGGAGGAAGCAGUGGCUGAAGAUGCACCACCAGCUGCUACGGACACUGGCCAGUUACUGUAUGUUACAGGGCUCAGGAGGGGGUGGGCUGGCCUCCGUCCAGAUGGAACUGUUGCUGCUAUUGCAGGAACACCAACAAGAGAGGCCUCAGCAGCAGUUGUUUUCCCCCUUACCAUUCCCCACAACUCUCCCCCUCCUCUCUGCCAGCAUUGCCAGCUCUAAGACAGUGGUGGCCGACCCCAUUAAACACAUACAGUGUAUGACCCAGGAUCUCCUCCACUCUGUGAUAGAGAUGACAGCACCGCCAGGGAUCAGCAGUGCUAUAAACACUAUACUGACAAUGCGGAACCUCAGUCUGGCCCUGUCAGCCUGUGUGUACCAGUGUCUGUGUGACUGUGAUAGUUUUGUGGUCUCCCUUAAUGAGACAAGUGAUGCCACCCUGGAGGGAUUUACUAGUCAUAAUUUUACCAGUGCUCAAGCAGGUCACUUAAUGGCAGGUGUUCAGAGGUAUCGACGGAAAUCGAGUGCUGGGGAUGAAAUCAACACGUCUCCAGCUGCAUGGCCAGGUGUUCAUGGAUUACGUGCGAUGUUGGCCCGGGAGAAGGAUGAUGAUGCUCAGAAACUCCACAUUCUGCUGUGUGAGACGUUAGUAUCUGUGUAUGUCAGUCUACUGGUGACUGCCCUUGCCACAUAUGACUGCAACAUGUUAUACCGGCUCAUCGCUCACAGAUUCGUCACACAGAUGUGGUGUGCUUUGUUUGGAGGAGGGGCAAGAACAGUUCUCAGGGUGUCCGAUUCUCCAGUACCUUUAAAAGGUACAGAUGAGGUGGACAAGCAGCGGCUGAGGCUGGUGAAGAAAGUGAUGGGGGGAGGAAGUACUAGUGGAGUCUCAUUGAAGGAGAAACCAGUCAAGGAGACAUUCAUACCCCCAGAACUCAGCAUGGUCACAUUCUUCAUGACAAAGCCUUUUACCAGUCCAGCAGAGGGGACAUUUGAGUAUGAUUCUGAGGAUUCAUUGUCGUCAGAGGAAGAAUCUGAUUAUGAGUCAGAAGAUGACACUAGAUUCAGUUCUUGGUCCACAUCAGCUGUUCAGCAGCACACAGAUCCAACUUCUUAUUCCUAUUGA